AAGGAGCCCUUGGGUGAAUAAGUGAAUGAAUAGAAGCCGAAACGGUUCGUUCCCUUGUGAAGAUUGGAGGUCAGAAGAGAUCGUUUAUCAGCACGUGUCCACCAUCUAUCUUUAUUUAUCCCCGUACCUUUUGACAGGGUCAAACGCGGGAUGACAGAAUAUCACUCGGACCCCCAUGGAGGGCUCCCACCCACAAUCCCACCCCCUAAAUGGAUUGAAAACGCCUCCUGUUAUUCGCCUCUCCUCUUGGACAACGUCAAUGCCGUGAACUUGUUGAGCGUGUCUUGGGUGGAUUUCUUGAAGGCGUUCCUCAUCCUAUCCACCACGAUCUUGAGUGUGAUCAUCAAUCUCGCCUUCUUCAUGAUCCUGAACACCAAGUUUUACUGUAAAUGGUUGAGACCACAACCCCGAUACAUCUUGAGUGCUCUGGCUCUCAAUGACUUGGGCACAGGAUGCUUCGUCACUAUGUUCGGAAUCUAUCCCUCACUUUUCGAGUGCUGGCCAUUUGGAGAGACAUUUUGUCAAAUUCAGGCGCUUUUGCGAGGCUCGUUUUCUCAGCACUCCUCGUUAAUAUUGAUCAUCUUGGCCUGUGAGAGGUACAUCUCGUCCGUGCAUCCAUUCUCGUACAAGCAUAUGUGCAAUAAAAAGAUUUGUCUCACCGUGAUCCUGAUGUCCUGGGUUUUGUCCGUCUUGUUCUACUCUGGAAUUGUUCUGCAUCCAACGGGAUUUCACUUCAAUACUCAUGGUCUAAUGCUCUGUGAACCAUACCAGCUCUCGAACAACGCACUGAUUCUGGCUUCCUGUCUCUUCUAUUUCCCAACGACAAUGGUUCUUAUGUAUUGCUAUGGAACUAUAUUUCACUCGUCCAAGGCCAAUCCUCAGUACAGGAAGACACUUUUUGCCACCCUCCCGUACUUGGUGGGGGGUCAAAUGGCAGCAAACCAAACGGAAAAGUUUUGGGAGGAACAAGAGCGCAGUGAAUUGGCCUCAAGAUCAUCGGCAGCCAUUUCCUUGACAUUUAUCAUUGUCGUCACUCCAUGGGCCAUACAGCAAGUGAUCACAUCUUGUACGAGAACAACUUCUCCAGCAUCCGUGGAUUUUUUCGUUUCUUGGCUCGCGGCCACUCAUACGUUCUGGUCACCGAUUAUCUAUUGGAUGUUGAAUGAAAAAUUUCAACAAGCAUCCCAUCGGUAUCUUAUACGACAAGUUCUUUGCCGACCGUUACCCUUGGAUUGGAACUUUUCGUGUGAAAGUGAUGGUGACAACUGCUCUCCCGAUGCGGGCAAUAACCCGGCAGUCCACCAUCCUCAAGUUCAUGAGAAGAUGUGGGGUGAAAUAUUAGAAAAGUCAUUCUCGAUUAGGGAUUUAUCCGACGUCGGCGAUGAAGAUUCCCAAGUCUUUUCCUCAACAUCGAGCUCAGCCAGUUGCCCACACUCCCAAGGAAACCACAAUCACCAUCCUCUGCCCACAAUGAUCUCAGAUAUAAGUGAAAGAGGUUCUGGGCAAAGGGUAUUACUGAAUGGUAAAAAAGCAAGACCAACGCCCAAUUGUAAUGGCCAAGUUACAAGCUCCAUUUAAGAGGCAAUCAAAAUUGAAGUUGCCAUAACAUACAUACACAAUAUGUAGAGAAAUGGAACGAGAGAAGAAAUCUUUUAGAAAAAUAUGCAGUUUAUUGUAUGAUAAGAAAAUCUUUCCUUAAUUACCUUAUGACGAGACAGGACGAAUGGAUUAAGAACACCCUCGAGAAACAAGUAAAGCCCUUGCUUUAGGGUGAAAAGACAACUUGCAUAUGGUUUAUGUCAGUGUUGCACUACCCAAAAAUCAGUCUCAAAAACGUAGUUAGAAAUUCUACCGGAAAGGCACAUCAUUCAAAUAUUUUUUCACAACAAUCUUGUCCGCAGCAUCCAAUCAGUUCUUCUCGCAUCUAUCACUUAACUUGUUGCGCUCGCGAGAAGCUCAUCAUUCAGAAAACAUCAACUUGGGAUGACAGAUUCCGGAUUCAAAGCAUAAUUUGAUGGAAAGAAUUAGGUUGGCUACUGGACGUCUCUGACGCUAAAGCCGAAUCUAACGCCGAUACCAAUCCAAAAUCAAAGUCCGUCAAAUCGGAGGAACUGACCUCCGUCUUCAUGAAUUCUUCAUAAUAGGGACUCUCAUCCAUGCUUUCCGAGAGCGUCGAGAGAGGUUGCGAAGCUAAA